AUGUUUACAUUACAAUAUGUAUUGUCUAAUAUUGGUAUGGAUCCUUUAAUGUUUUUCAUGGGUUUUAUGGCAUUAGCCGAGAUACUAAGGGGUCGCUGUCCAUCGUUAAUAUUGUAUCUAAACGUUAUUGUCCUGACGCAGGCUGAUCACUUCACAAGCCUAAUUAACGAUAUGAACGAAUCAAUUGAAAAUGUUUUGAUUACGAAAGUAAUUGAGAAGAGACCCUUUAAAUAUCAAGACGAAUCGCUUCUUUAUAUUAAUACGUGGCAAGAAAUUAUAGCCGAUAUAAACUUACAGGUGAGGGCUAAAUAUAACAACAAGUAUUAUCACUUGGGAAACAUUGAAGUUGCAAAGGACAGGUUUUUUGGUAUCAUGAAUAAAUUUUCACUUAGGACGAAAAACGAGUCCUCUAUGGUUGACUUUACCUAUUGGGAAAAGACCUUAUUAAUAGCCAGAAAUAUGUACGAAGAAGACUCGCGUAACGAAAAGAUUUGUGACGAGAAGUAUUGA